UGACAUCUCUAAUCCAAACGCUGCAUUGCGCGAAAUCGUUUAUAGUUGCGAUUUGUUUGUCCGAAAAUUGCUUUAUAAUAAGUUGCUUAUCUUUGUUAUCUUCGUGUUCAUUGUCACUGUAGUUGGCAAAACUAAAUAAUGUCUGAUUCAGAAAACACAUCGAACGAAUCCCAAUCAUUUGAGUCUCCUCAAUCCUCUGCAUUAUUAAAUCUCAGCGACAUUGAUUCCAUAGUCUCAUUACCCGGCUUCCAGUCGACAUCUGAAGUUUAUGAUUUAAGUGGUAAUUCGUCCAACGAAAUGGUUAAUCCCAACUCCCAGGCUAAUGCCGGCAGCUCGACGGAUAGCGAUUCCUUCCAGGAUACCUCGCAAAGCAGGUCUUCGCCACCGACAACGAGCCAGAACAGCUCUAACUCGCCAUCAACUAACGCUAACGAUUUAGUUUUGCAGGAGUCGCUGGACGAUAGCAACUUAGCUGCUGAAAUUGAUCGCAUCCGUCGUUUCUGUGAGAAUGUUGAAAAUAAUUUAGCUUCCAUUGGCUUGAGCUCUGCUUCUACUCCAAGAAUUGUCCGUGGUAAUCGACCUAGAUUGAACACAACUGAACCAAUUGAGAUCAUUGAUUUGUCGGAACACUAUGAAGCUGCGCGUCAACUGGCAAGAAAUCGCCCCCCAGAUGCAAUUAUCGAUUUGUGCACACCAGUUGCAACACGUUCCACACCGUCUCGUGGAACUGCUCAACGCCGUCGUCUUGAAGUUCCAGAUCCUGAUUGUAUCAUUGACAAUCCAUCGCCGCCAAAGCGCACCUGUGACAGCGCAAACAACUCACAGCAGGAUAAUUCAUAUAGAUGUCCAGUUUGCUUGGAAUCUGCUUCCCAACGUGAGCCCACCUCAACAAAAUGUGGUCACGUUUUCUGUAAAGUCUGCAUACAGUCAGCCAUACAAUCCUCGCACAAAUGCCCAAUUUGUAACAAAAAACUGACGGCUCGACAAACCUUUCGCAUAUAUCUUUAACUAUGAAAUAAGGUCACCAACCUAUGAAAUACAAUAGCGCUGUGAGCCAGUUUAAACAUAAGUACACAGAUUUAUUUAUUUUUCAGUUUCAUCCAUAUAAUAUUGUCUUGUUGAUGCACCUCCGGACUCAUUCCAUUGCCAUCAUAUUUAAACACAUAAGCAUUGUAUAAGUUUUUUUUUUCUUUUCAUAAAUUUAUAAUUCUAGUUAGAUAGCUUAAGUCAGCAGGAAUAAAAAAAUAUUCAAAUAUGA